AUGAAUCUUCUUGGCUGCAUCUUACUACUUUUUAUUACCGAUCAUGUGCUCUCACAAACGGAUAACCAACAAAAGUGUGCCCCGCCGAGCAAUAUAGCCUCUCUUCCUGAUUAUGCACAAGUUGAACUAAGAGAUCUUUGGGGCAGCUACACCCAAGGAACUCCUUGUGAUAAAGAGUUAGCCAUACAGCAGGACGUGCUCAACGUUGUGAAAACAUUUAGCAAAGAGUUCACGGAAAAACAAACUACGGUUAACAAUAGCGGCGGCCGAUCCAUCGUCCCAGCAGCUACAACUCCUGAUGAAUAUGAUGAUGACACUUCUGAUUUCGAUGCUAAUAUUCGGAUAACUACCGCCUUCCCGAAACUUAUCGGAAGUGAUGCGGCACAGGAGCAGCUUAGAAGGAAGCCAAAAGUACAAGAGUACGAUGAGGCUACGAUCGACGAUAUCGCGACGAUGCAAUUUAACAACGCAAAAGCCCCGUUCUUACGAUCAGUUAAUCCAGAAGUGCGUCGAAAGUUCGAGAAAGUCUGGAAUAAUGAGGACAUUCCGAGCGAAUCCUUGCGAACACUGAAGAUCCAAACCCUCGCUGUUUCGUUGUUGACCGCCAAACAACUUGAAGAAUACAACAAAUGGGCAACAAAGCGCCGUUACGUGCUGAAAGCUCGAGAACAAGAACUUCGUCAUUUGAGCAGCGAUGCGAAGCGAACACUGCGAAGAAUGAGUGCUCGAGGUAGUGACAAAGAGAAAAUCGCUGUUCCUAAUGCUGUAAAGAGGGAACUACGGAAUUUUGUCGCUGCAUUCAAUCGUCGACGAACCAAAGCUUUACAGUAA